AUGGAUCCACAAGCCUACCUAAUGAAUCAAGGGUGGUCAGGCCCAGGAAACCCUCUAAAUCCUUCUAGACGACCGGGCGCACACGGUGGGCUUGGUUUAACAAAACCGAUUCUCGUUGCACGGAAGAAAAAUACACAUGGUGUUGGAAAGAAGACAACACACGACCACACAAAUCAAUGGUGGCUACGCGGAUUCGAAGCAGCGUUGCGCGGUAUUGGAACAGACGGCAACGUGACACCAGUUAGCGAAGAGUCCACACCAGAAACACCAAAGAGUGAGCUUUAUAAAUUCUUCGUACGAGGACCGGGACUUGCGGGCACUAUCAAACCAUAUGAAUAUAACCAAUCUAUACAAUCAAGACCAGAUGGUGAUUCCCCUCCCGGCCCUGUCGAUACCAGUACAUCAAACCGAAAACUGAAGAGAAAACGGGAAGAUAGAGAAACAUCACCUACUGCUGAUUCAUCUCAGGGAGGGAAAGAAAAGAAGAAUAAGAAGAAAGAUAAGAAAAGAUCAAGUGCUUUUGAAUCCCAGGUCGCCUGCGGUAUUGCUACCCCACCGGAAGAAGAGAGCCAUGAGGAACGAACCCAUUGCAUCGAAACUGUGGAACCCGUGAAAGAAGAUAUCUCAAAGAAAAAGAAAAGGAAAAAGGAAGAGAAGAGAGAGAAGAAGAGACUGCAAGCUGAAGCCUUAGCUUCUGAAAUCUACGCAAAAUUAAGAACAUCUGAUCAAUCCUCGGAUGAGAGUUCUCAGAAAAAAGAACGGGAAAGAAAAGGAGCUUCUAAGAAAGCAAGACUGGAAGAGAAACCAGGGAGGAAAGGCAAAAGGGAGAAAAACGAGAAAAAGGAGAAAAGGGAGAAAAGGGAGAGAAAGGAAGAAAGGAAGGCGAAGAAGGCCAGUAAAGACGAAUAA